AUUUUCACAAUCCUUUCAUCUCUUUGAUUUCGCCACUUCCUUUCCAACCAUGCCGGUCCUAGAAACACUUGGUGGUGCUCUUUUUGGUGUUGUUCUUCAGCUGCUAUUUGACAAGCUGGAUUCACAUCAAGUUCUGGGCUACUUCCGCCAGAGGGAUCUCGAUGAAAAGUUGCUGAAGAAGUUGAAGAGGAAGUUGAUGGACGUUAAUGCUGUGAUUGAUGAUGCAGAACAAAAGCAGUUCAGUAAUUCAUUGGUCAAAGAAUGGCUUGAUGAGGUUAGAGAUGCCUUAUAUGAUGCAGAGGAUCUGUUGGAGCAAAUAAAUUAUGAAUUCUCCAAAACUGAGUUGAAGGUUGACUUCAAGACCACUCCUAGCAAGGUACGCAGUUUUGAAUCCAAGAUGAAAGACGUCCUAGACGAUCUAGAAUCUAUUUUGAACCAAAAGAUUGUUUAAGAUUUCAAAAUUUCUAGUGGUGUUAGAACUGGGUUGGGUAAUGAAGUGUCAGAGAAAAAAGUUGAA